AUGAGUGACUUGACCGAUGCUGCGUCGCCUUCGCUAGAAAAGCGUGAACUUCUGGCGAAGGAAAUCCGUCAUGCCUGUCUUAACGCUGGAUUCUUCUAUGCAGUCAAAAAUCAUCCAGUCCCAUCCGCUAUCAUAAAUCGUACUUUUUCCAUGUCCGAGUCAUUCUUCCAUCUCCCCGUGGAAGCUAAAGAAACGGUGGAUGUAUCUCACUCUUCUAACUUCCGUGGAUAUAUGGGACUUUUGACGGAGAACAAUGAUCCCGCUAACAAAGGUGAAAUGCAUGAGGCUUUCAAUAUUGGUUUAGACCCGACUUUAGCCCCGGAUGUGUUCAAGCAUCAAGAAGACAAGAGGGUUCAAGGGGAGACGGAGGAUUUGGAGCAUAGUGAGAAUCUUUGGCCUUCUCAGAGCGAUUGGAGAGAUGCUGCAAACUUCCAAAGUUCCGCACUCCUGAAACUGGGACAAUCCUUGUUCCCCUUGUUUGCCUUAGCUCUUGAUCUACCCGAAAACUUUUUCGAUGAUAAAAUCCAACAUCCCGCGGCGAUUAUGAGAUUAUUACAUUACCCAGCAAUGGGUAAUGCAGAAGUAGACGAACGAACACCUGGGAUCGGAGCUCAUACGGACUUUGAAUGUUUCACCAUCUUGUGUCAAGGUGAUGUACCUGGUUUACAGGUACAAAAUCGUAAAGGUGUUUGGAUAGACGCAGUUUGUAUACCUGGAACAUUUAUCAUCAACAUAGGUGAUCAAUUCGCCAGAUGGACGAAUGACAUAUUCGUUUCCACUCGACAUCGUGCACUCCCAGCUAAAACUCAUCCUCGAUAUUCUAUCCCUUUUUUCUUCGGAUGUGACCAUGACGUACCUCUCAUACCUCCUCCUACUUGCGUGACAGUGGACAGACCUUGGAGAUACCAACCUAUCACUGCUGGGAAAUACGUCAAGAUGCGUUUAAGUGAGGUAUAUAAUGUCAAGAAAGAUCAAACCAUCUCCUGA